GCUUAGCAUUCGCCAGCCAAAACGGGCGCUUUUUGCGUUUCGUGCUCUGUUCGCUUAACAUUGUGAGACGGUUACGACCCUAGGUCGUUGCUUAUUCGUGUUCGGAACCAGCUAAUAAAGCUCAUCUACGAUGCCAAGUUAUCGACAAAAUUCUCUGGUAGUCGAUUUGAACGUGCUACCAUCGAUUCCAGACAUCGAAACUAUUCGAAAGUUCCUUACCAAGGAUGUGGCACUUGAUUUCUCCAAAGUGCGCAACCUGCAAUUGAACAUUUCGAUGAAUCAAGUGAUCAUCGAAAUGGCCACACCGGAUCAAGCUGCUGAAAUUGCUGGCACCCACAGUGCUAAACACUAUAUCAUCUACGAGAAGAAGAAGUUCUACAUUCCACUUUACGUGGAAGACGAUUCAACGCCGGUGAAGGUCAAUGAUCUGCCACCCAACAUGCCUAAUCAUUUGAUUGCUUCACAAUUGCAACAAUACGGCAAGGUCACGUCGAUCCACGAUGAGGUUUGGCGUGACUUUUUUCCUGGCAUCCCAAAUGGUGUCAGAGUUGUCCGGAUUAAGCUCGAAAAGCCGAUUCCUUCGUUUUUAAAAAUCGAUGGUCUUUUGGCUUACAUCGUGUAUCCUAACCAGAAGAAGACAUGCCGCCAUUGCUCCCGAAAAUUGCACCCUGGACAAAAAUGCACUUCUACAAAGACGAAGGUGACAACAAGCUGCACUACUCCACUAGACGUAGACCAAACAAAGAUCGUGAACAACGAAGAAGCUCCAAUCACCACCACAUUGUACUCAUCAUCCAACUACACACCAAUACGCGAUAUUGAAGCUGACCACUAUAACUACAAAGAACAACGCGAGAAACAACAAAUACAGCAACAAUUUAUCACCAGCCCAGCAAAGACAAUUGCUAACAACUUGGAGGCAAACGAGUGGACUAUACAAAAACCGAAACCGAAGAGGAGAUUGACGAAAAUAGUUUGACGUGGGACUACGUCUCAGUUGAAUUCAAGUGACAAACUUUGUUAAAAAUAAACACUUGGCCGAAAUAUGUCUAACAAAGGCCAGUUAGUUAAAUAAUAAUAAU